UAAACGAUGUAUUUGGACGUAUUUAUAAAGAAGGGGAACUUUCUCUCUUUGAUGCAGCUACUGCAAUGUAUGAAAAGUUCUACUGCGUGUUAACCAAAACAGAAUUUAUUAUUAUCCAACUUGAACGUGAUGACAACCAAGAAGACAGUGAAAGUAUUUAUACCCAUGAACGUAACGAAGAACAUUUUACGCAAUGUUGGUAUCAUCCCAACGUGGAUCGCCAAGAGGCUUCUACUCUUGCAGAGGCAAGAGGUGUGUGUGGUGCCUUCUUGGUAAGACCGCGUGAUUGCCAGGGCGAGCCCUAUGCACUGACGUAUUGGGACCGCUUUACCAAACAUUUAAAAAUAUAUUAUGAUGUUAACAAAAAGGUGUAUUUUAUAGCCGAAAAAGAAAAAUUUAGUUCAGUUAUUGAGUUGAUAGCAUACUAUCAGGAUAACAACAUAUUCGCUGAGGAUGCUCAAACUUGCAGGCUUUCAAUACCAAUUGUUUGUAACCCUUUUAAAAAUGUAAUAUUUGAAGAAAAUUCACCAUCUGGUUGGUUUUUAGAAUCAUCUGAACUUGGAAAAAUCCUCAAUCAGAGCCGGUUGGAUGGAAGUUUUUUAGUCAGCUAUGAUCAACUAACGGAACAUUUUACAUUAUCUUUUAGAAGCGGAAAGGAAAUUAAACGCUGUCGACUAGCUAUUGAAGGCCGGAUGGUCCACGUGGAAAAAAGUUUUCAAAAGUUUGAAACUCUGGAAGCCCUUUUGUGCUUCUAUAAAGAGCAUUCCAUAUAUAACCGUACCAAGUUAUGUCACCUUCUUACAGAAGAGGAGAUCGCUCGACAACAACUACCUAACAGCAAUCUUUACUUAUCUGUUUACCCCCAAUUGCAAAAUGAAACAAAUGAAACUCAAAACUUUAAUAAUCACGUGGCCAUCUUUCAUUAUGAACCGCAAGGACCAGACGAAUUACGGCUUAUUAAGGAUGUCCCCGUCGCUGUGGUGAAAAAGAAUACCAAUGGCAUGUGGGAAGGGCGCCAGUUGGGACAAACAGGGCUCUUCCCAAGUUACUGCGUCGACCUUCUCGAUACUGAAGCUUUGCAGAUCCCGGAACUGUCCAGAGAGCGACGGUUUGUCUUUUCCUUAGAAAGUUUGAAAUCUGUUGAAAAAAUUAGCGCCUAUGAACUUCAGCUCUCUUUUUCUAAUCCGAAAUUAGAGGUUUUUCUUUCUACUCGGUUUGUUCUAGCAAGCACCCGUAACAGAAAAUUGCUGGCAAACGAUUGGUUGGAAGCAUUUUCGACCAUUCAUGCUCGGAAACCUUCAGAACUGGUUCCAAGGGAAGAGCACAACGCGUUAUCCUCGUCGCUGGAAAAACUUAUGGGCUCCUCAAGGCUACUCUCCACCGACAAAAUUUUGGACGUUCAGCAUUUUGACACUAUUCUGCUUCCCGAACACAAGGCUGUUAGAAGCAUCCACUUGGACCCCGAAGAACUUGUCUCUUAUAAUAUAGAUCGCACGGUGUACGUUUAUCCUUCAGCGUUGCGUAUCAACUAUUCAAACUUUAAUCCCGUUCCGUUUUGGAAUUGUGGGAUUCAGUAUGUUGCUAUGAAUUAUCAUCUUUCCGAUACUUUUAUGCAACUCUACAGAGGAAAGUUUCGCGAUAAUGGGAAUUGCGGUUACGUGCUGAAACCGCAUUUCAUGCGAAACCGCUGCCCUCCGAAACUGCUACGAUCCAAUAAACUUGGCGAACCCUCGCAGCUUCCCCAACCUUUUAUCUUAGAAAUUGAGUUUUUGUAUGAAAACCACGUGGUGAACGAGCGAUUUGAUUGUCUCAAAAAGUUUAUUCAAGUGGAAGUUUUUGGGCCCGCCGGAAUAAAUCAUAAGAAAACUAUUGAUAUCUACAGGGAUGUACUACACCAUAGCCCUCUAUUUGCCCCCUGCAAAAUAUCUUUUAAGGUAAUUGCUCCCGAAUCCACAAUAUUAAGACUCUCUGUUUAUUCGAUUAAUUCCUUUGGCGGGGCCACAUUUAUAGGCCAGUCGUCCUUGCCGCUAACCUGCAUUAGUAAAGGAUACAGGUCUGUUCGAUUGGCGGACGCCUAUGGACGCAUGCUUCUAGUUUCGUGCUUACUGGUGAAAAUAGUCAUUAAAAUGUUGCCUCACUCUCACCGGAGCGCUAAUAUCAGCGCAGAUAAAGACUUUCUAGUUCCUGACGAAUUCGAUCCGGAAAAAAGACAGCUCUUAAGAAAAGCGAAGGAAGUCAAGAAGAAGUGCAACACCAGCCUGCCCUCGCGCCCUUCACUGGUCAUCUCUUCGAACUGAAGACCACAUUUACCCCGCAGAACUGUGACCACUGCAAAAAAAUAAUCUGGACAAAGUCUAAGCAUCUCAGUUGUUACAAGUG